CCUCUUGACUUCUCCGCCUUUAUUUUAUAAAUAUGUUAAAUCAUAAUUCCCACACGGAGCAUUUACACAUCAACGUUUUACUUCUCAAUAAUUUUACUUUGCACUUGAAAUACCGAAACCCAAAUCAGCUUGAUAUGGCAAUAAAUGGGUGAUGAUUGAGCUGGAGUAACUAUGGAAAACAGGCAAAUUGUCUUGAGUUGUGCUAGCAGAAAAUGUAGCAUAUGGUUGCAUGGUAGAACAGGUAGAAAAUGAAUGACGCAGGACAAAGGAUGCUCUGCAGCUACAAUUGAGGAUGCCCCCUUUUUGAGUCUUAAAUUACAGAACCCUUAUAUGAAAUUUAAUGAUAUAACUUGUUGAUUGACAUAAAAUCAUGAGGGAAAAAGAUUCUUAUUUAUUAGGUCAAAUUUGAUUUGUACAGUUUUUAUUCCUUUGUUAUUUCCUUAAGUAUAUGCAACUAUUUCAGUUUUACUUUCAUGGUUAUAUAAUUAACAAGCAUAUGCAACUUGAAAAGCACAAUCAUGUUAUUAACAAAGCAUAUGCUUAUGAUACAGGAACCUACAACCAACAAUUAUAGUGAUUUGUUCCUUCCGGGUGGAAAUUAUCCUUCUUGGUUAGCCUAUACAGGUGAAGGACCUUCAGCACAAUUUCAAGUUCCUGAGGAUAUUGAUUGUCACAUGAAGGGAAUAAUCCUAUGUACUGUUUAUUCAUCAACAUCUGAAAACAUGGGAGUUGAAUGUCUUACUAGCAUCUUGAUCAUUAAUUAUACAAAGUGCACCAUCCAGAUAUACAAGCGAGACACGAUAAUUUCCUUUAAUGAUGAAGAUUGGAAGAAUGUGGCAUCAAAUCUCGGACCUGGCAACGAAGUGGAGAUCUUUGUAGCUUUUGAGCAUGGAUUGAUUGUUAAGGAGACCGCUGUUUAUCUGGUAUAUGGCCAGUCAAUUACAAUGGAAAUUGAACAGUCAAUUACUAUUGAAGUUGAAUCAUCAACUAGCAUGGAAUUGGAACCAUUAGCCGAAGUGAACAUGCAAUCGUCACCUAACGUGAAAGUAGAAGCAUCGCUUGAUGUUGAAAUGGAUCUGUCACAUGAUGUGAAAGUGUAGUCAUCACCUAUCAUACAAAUGGAGCCAUCACCAAAGUCCAAUAAAAGGAUGUGUACAAUCCUUGCAAAAAGAAUUAGGGCAUGUUUGUGCUUGAACCAACAUGGAGAUAAAGAUUUGAACAAUUUUUGAUUUGACAAGGUUUUGUCAUAUAAACAUAUUUGAAGUCCAUUUCAGUUUGUGACUUUUCUAAGGUAUUAUAUAUGCAUGUGCUUUGAUGCAAACUUAAUGUAGCUCAUCGAUUUUCACUUUUCCUAUAUGUGCAAAUUAUGUUAGGCAUUUGAACUUCAUUUCUUACUCCUGCACAAACAUAAGCAAUCUGUCAUAUGGAUUGAAUUAUAUUUACACUUAUAGAUUCAAAUGUGUGCAUGCAGACUCAUAAAGACACAGAUGUAAAUCAUAUCAUAGUACUAUUGUUAGACUA